AUAAGUAAAAAAUAUAAAAAAGUGAUCUUUUUAUUUUUUUAAAAGUGCACAGGAGAUAAUCAAAAAUAUUACGAUGGUUUUACUAACUUAUAUGAAAAAGUGUGCUGCACGGACAACAAACCAAUUGAACCGGACUUGCGUUUAUUUGAUGAAUUGUCGCUUUCGUACACAUCUGUUGAUAGCAUUUAUAAUACGAUUAGCACUAAUAUAUUACGGUUAUAUUCAAGAUAAACGCUCCGAAGUUCCGUACACAGAUAUCGACUAUAAGGUUGUAACUGAUGGUGCUCGUUAUGUUUUAGAUGGAAAUUCUCCCUUUGACCGACAUACGUAUCGUUACAGUCCUAUUUUGGCAUACCUUCAAAUGCUGAAUAUUUGGAUACAUAUGGCCUGUGGUAAAGUGAUUUACGCUAUUUUUGACAUAACUGUAUCCUUUCUAAUUUACAAAAUCAUCCGUGCUGAACAAUUAAGACAGAGCCGUAAAGGAAUUCAAACUAUAAAAUGUCAAAAUAAAGAAAUGCAUUUGGUGAAUAGCUGUGAUUGUUUCAAACAAAACAAACCUUCUACUUUUUUGGCAAGAGCCUCUGCAUAUUUUUGGCUUUAUAAUCCUCUUACUUUGGUUAUAUCAACACGUGGGAAUGGUGAUAGCAUUUCAAGUGUAUUCGUUAUAUUAACUAUUUAUUUGCUGUCCCGAUCUCAAGAUUUAAAACGAGGACGUAACUGGAUGAUAUUUGCAGCAGGCUUGUGUCAUGGUUUUUCUAUACAUUUACGUCUUUAUCCAAUUGUUUUUAGUUUAGCCUACUAUCUUUCUUUAUCAGAAAAACUGAUUAAUAGUACUGGAGAAUUUUUUAGGCAAAUUAUUUUACCUUCAUCCAAACAAUUAACGCUAAUAUUUGGAACAAUUUUAGGUUUUUCUGUAGUAUCAGUAAUAUUCUAUCAUUUAUACGGUUGGCAAUACAUUUAUGAAGCAUAUUUAUAUCAUUUUGUACGUAAGGAUGUGAGGCAUAAUUUCUCAUUGUACUUUUUAAUGCAGUAUUUGGGUUCUAAUGUACAUUUUUCGAUAAUUGAAAAAUUAACUAUAAUAAUUCCACAGUUAUGUUUAAUAUUAUAUUUAAGUAUCAGUUUUGGACAAUUUCUUAAAACAUUACCAUUUUGCAUAUUUUCUCUGUCCUUUAUAAUAGUAACAUUUAAUUCUGUUGUAACGUCUCAAUAUUUUGUGUGGUAUAUGGCUGCGUUACCACUUUGUUUAAAAAAUUUUAAAAAAUUAUCUCUGUUAAAAGCCAUUUUAUAUUUUAGUCUUUGGUUAUUGGGUCAGGGUAUGUGGCUAUUACCAGCAUAUUUGUUAGAAUUUAAAACAUAUAAUACAUUUUAUUGGAUUGGUGCACAAAGUGCAGUUUUUUUUCUAGUAAAUAGUUUUAUAUUAAUACGUUUGAUUGAA